AUGUGCUCACCCAGCGCGUUGCUAGCUCGCCUAGCUGAGUUUGUUGAGGAAGAAAAGAAGACAAAGAGUGAGUUGUCCAGAGAAAAGAAGAAGGAGGUUGUCCUAUAUACAGGGAAGGAAGCACCAUACCCUUUGGUUCCGUCCAAGAAAGACAAGGAACGACACUUUGCUUGUUUCCUUGAUAUCUUCAAGAGAUUGGAGAUAAUUAUCCCCUUUGGAGAAGCCUUGCAACAAAUGCCACUCUACUCCAAGUUUCUUAAAGAUCUGUUGACCAAGAAGGGCAAAUAUAUCCACAGUGAUAAUAUUGUGGUGGAGGGAAAUUGCAGUGUUGUUAUCCAAAGAAUCCUUCCACCUAAAUACAAGGAUCCAGGGAGUGUUACAAUCCCUUGCUUUAUUGGUGCCGUGUCAGUUGGAAAAGCUCUCAUUGACUUGGGGGCCAGCAUUAAUUUGAUGCCUUUCUCCAUGUGCAGAAGGAUUAGUGAGCUGAAAAUCAUGCCAACAAGGAUGACAUUGCAACUGGCAGAUCGGUCUAUUACAAGACCUUAUGGCAUGGUAGAAGACGUUUUGGUCAAAGUGUGGCAGUUUACUUUCCCUGCAGAUUUUGUAAUCAUGGACAUUGAGGAGGAUGCUGAAAUCCCACUGAUUUUGGCCCGUCCCUUCAUGUUAACUACAAAUUGUGUGGUGGAUAUAGAGAAAGGUAAUCUUGAAAUGGGUGUAGAUGACCAGAAAGUCACAUUUGAUUUGUUUGAUGCAGCAAAGCAGUCACUUGACCAGAAUGUGUGUUCUAAGAUGGACGAAAUUAAGAAUGAGAUGGCUUAG